UUUAGGAGGUGUUCAACUUGGCAUGUUUUACUGUCAAAGUGUGUAUUGCUAGCUGAUAAACAGGUAACAUUGAAAUACCUGUAUAGCCAUCAGCACAUUAAGAACAGUAAUUAAAAAAUAAGAAAAAGUAUAAAAUGAAAUCAGUUAACAGUUUGGAACUAUCAUUUAGAUUAAUUGUGUGCAUAACAUUAUGUUUUAUCAUGCUAUUUGGAAUGUAUCAAUUAGAUGGCACAUUUACAAAAAUAUCAGGAUCAAGGUCAGUAAAUAAUGAACAUGAACAAAGGGUAUUUAAGAAUCUAAUGGAUCAAAUGGAUAUAGAUACAUUAAGAAAAUAUUGGUUGAUCCCUCCUGGUUAUAAGAUCAAGCAAGAUAUCAAUGACCAUGACUUUUCACAAGUUGGUCAAUCAAAAGUUGUUGAUAAAAUUCUGAAUGCAAAAACAAAUGGGAUCUUCGUUGAAUGCGGAGCUUCUGAUGGAUCCAUAUCAAAUACAAAAUAUUUUGAAAAUUACAGGAAUUGGACAGGCCUCCUCAUCGAACCAACCCCAGAAUUUCAAGGUAUUCUGCAUGAUGAACGUCAUGCCUGGUUAUUAAAUGCAUGCAUAGGAAUUAAAAAUCAAACAGAGAAAAGUAUCUUUCAACUCGGCCCCAAAAAUUGGGGCUGGUCAGGUUUACAGGAUACGAUCCUACCUCGUAAUAAAAAAACAGCACUCAACCAGAACACAACGAAAAUUGUCGUACAAUGCUUUCCAUUUGCUACAAUUUUGAAAGCCCUUGAAUGGACAACUGUGGACUAUUUCUCAUUGGAUGUUGAGGGAGCAGAAGAAGCUAUCCUUAACACUAUUCCAUUGAAUGACAUUCAUAUAAG